AUGCAGAUGAGUUUAGUACUCGUGGUUCUCGUAUCCGUGGUCUCUGUGGUGGGAACUUCUAUUCCCACCUUCGCUGGUCGUCUCCACCUGUAAUUAGACGCCUUUAAUUUUGCAACUUUCUAUUGAUUUAUACUAACGUUCCAUCAGAUUAGGUUCGACAGAUCUCCUUCCAAGAAAUCAAAUAUUGUCCUUCAAGACCGCGAGGAAAGGUCCGACUUCUUUCAGGAUAAAUACCCAACUGUAUUGGAGGCUAAGGAAGAGCCCUUCGAGAUCAAAUCACCUGUGCCUAAGCCCAACGUUGGGGCAUAA